AAUUCACCUGCAGAAUUACCGCUCAAAAGUCUAAAACAAAUGAACAAUGUCAACAAACGGCAGGACGUCGAGAAUAUUACAGUUUAUGGCUCCAGAUGAGCGCCGUCAGUUUGGAAUCGAGACUCCUUUUCAGCGUCUGGCAUGGCAAAUGCAAGACAUAUUAGGGGAUGGAGGAAUUCUCAAAGAGGUUGUCCAUGCAGGGGAAGGCCCACCCGUACCAAUGCAUGCAUCUGUAUCAAUUCACUUCUCUGGUUUCAUUGAGUACUCUGACGCACCAUUUGAGACCACCAACCACCUCAGAUAUCCACGAAUGAUGAAGCUUGGUAGAGAUGUUACUUUGUAUGGCCUAGAGCUCGGCCUUCUUACUAUGAAGAAAGGCGAGUUCUCUCGUUUUCUCUUCAAGCCCAAAUAUGCCUAUGGGGACCUUGGGUGCCCCCCACACAUACCUCCAUUAGCCACAGUCCUCUAUGAGGUGCACGUCCUGGAUUUUCUGGACUCGGCACAAGUGGAUGAUUUCAUGGAUUUGACUUUGGAAGAGCAGAACACUGUUCCUCUGUCCACCUUGCUGAAUGUGCUGGAAACACAGCGGAGCUUUGGCAACCUCUGCUACAAUAAGAAGCGCUACGAAGAUGCUCGAGAGAGAUACAAGCAGGCCAUGACACUUUUGCAGAAUCGUGAGCCGAUGGAUGAUGAAGAGAAGCAGCGUCUUGAAGAGAUAAAGUUGCUUUUCCUGCUCAACCUCUCACUCACGUACCUUAAACUGGAAAAACCCCAGAAGGCUCUUUGCUUUGGCCAGAAAGCACUGGACAUCAACCCCCAGAACACUAAAGCUCUCUUCCGCUGCGGCCAGGCUUGUUUGGACAUGAAAGACUAUGAGAAAGCACAAGAUUACCUUACACUUGCUCAGGCGAAAAAGCCAUUUGACCCUGACAUCAACACCUUGCUGAAAAAGCUUGCUCUGUGCUACAAGGACUAUUUAGACAAAGAGAGAGAUAUGUGCACCAAGAUGUUCUCAGGUUUGAAGAGAAGAGAAAAUUGAAGCUGUGUCCAUGGUUGAGGUCUUCACCAUUUUUCAAACCCUCCAGAUUGACCACAAGUGGGCAGUAUAAACCAAACAAAUUGUAAUUUUGGUUUGAGUGGCAUCAAAUGUUGUCAUACUUUUAAUUGAUUGUUGUUUGGUUUUAUUUUGCGGUUUGUUUGUUUUUUUUUGCCAGCAAAAUAUAUAAAUUUUUCGCCUCUGCAUUAUGUUCUGUAUGUUACUUUAAGAUAAGCUUUAUUAUAACAAACAGUCAAGCUUUUGCAGAAUUAUGUUCAGUAUUAUGUUCAAAACUCUACAUGGAGCAUUAGGAUGUUUUCCAGGUGCACUGUUUGAAGUUUCAGAAGUCAUACAGAGUCUUUAAUUUUUUAACCUAUGUGUCAUGCUCUUCAUUUUCUAUUUAUUUUUUUGUACGCCAAACAAAGUCUCUGCCUGAUUUUUGUUUAUUUAUUUAUUUUUACU